UGUAUAUAUAAAGAGAUAGGUGACCCACAAAAUCUUCCACCAUUGAUCAGUUCAAAGAGAUACACCUGUAGUUGGUCAUCUACGACUGCCCAUCAUUGCAUACUCUCCCUAUAAAAAGCCUCACAAUUGCAAAAAUCUGCAGUAAAUCAAUACAGUCUGCAGGAUUUCUCCAAAAUCACCAUAAUAUAUGUAUCGAGAGAACUGACGAAGAGCGGAAAGAUGGCGGAAAAAUAUCUUGUCCUGUUUCUAGUAGUAGGUAUGCUUUGUGCAGGGGCCACAGCUAAGUCGGGUUGCACGAACGUAUUGAUCGGCCUAUCUCCCUGUUUGAAUUACAUCACCGGGGCCUCAUCGACCCCGUCUCAACAAUGCUGUGCGCAGCUUGCCAUCGUCGUGCGUUCAUCGCCGCAAUGCCUGUGUCAAGUCCUUAACGGUGGCGGUUCGUCUCUCGGGAUCACCAUCAACCAGACUCGAGCUUUGGCCUUACCCGACUCGUGCAAUAUUCGGACCCAGCCCAUCAGCAGCUGCAAUGCUGCUUCUCCGCCUCCAGCAGACUCUCCGGUAGGAUCACCGGAAUCCGGGAGCAUUACACCGACAGGUAUCGUAAUAGUUAUCAUCUCAUUGAUUUCUUCUUUUGUCACUGAAUUAAACAUUAAAAAUGGAUGCAGGGGAUGGAUCGGAAAGUGUACCGUCCGCACGGGAGGACGGUUCAUCGGACGGAAGCACCGCCAGAUUGUCGCUGUCGUUGUUCGUCUUCCUUCUGUUGACUACUUCAUAUAGCUCGAUCUUCUUGUCACAGUGAAUCUUGUCUAGUUUGCCUCUCACGGCACUUGUUA